AUAACUGUGGUCAUGGCUUUCAAGCUCACUACUCCAGGGAGAAGAAUGAGAGGGAUGCUGGCAUCGGGGGCACCUAACUUGGUCAUUCCCAUUUGUACCCUGAUCCAACUUGUUCUCUGUGGCAUCUGGUUGGUAACAUCUCCUCCCUUUAUUGACAGAGACAUACAAUCUGAACAUGGGAAGAUUGUCAUUAUUUGCAACAAAGGCUCAGUUAUUGCCUUCCAUGUUGUCCUGGGAUACUUGGGUUCCUUGGCUCUGGGGAGCUUCACUGUGGCUUUCCUGGCUAGGAACCUUCCUGACAGAUUCAAUGAAGCCAAGUUCCUAACUUUCAGCAUGCUGGUGUUCUGCAGUGUCUGGAUCACCUUCCUCCCUGUCUACCAUAGCACCAGGGGGAAGAUCAUGGUGGUUGUGGAGGUCUUCUCCAUCUUGGCGUCUAGUGCAGUGUUGCUAGGGUGUAUCUUUGUCCCAAAAUGUUAUGUUAUUUUAGUUAGACCAGAUUCAAAUUUUGUACCGAAGUGCAAAGACAAAUUGCUACAUUGA